AUGGCCGAUGCUGAUUUACCAUUAGGGGAGGUUGUUCCAAAUUGGACGGCACGAGCUCAUCCACUUGCUGACUCUCAAUACCAUAAGCUUAAAGGCCAAUACUGUCGUCUGGAAGUAUUCAAUUCCAAAACUGAUGAGAAAGUUUUUCAGCAAUUGUUCGAUGCAUUCAAACCAGUCGAAGACCGGCAUUUUACAUAUUUAAAAUAUGGUCCAUUCAAAACAGUUGAUGAAUUCAAAGAGUUCGUUCACAAUAAAGAACAACCGAGUAGCAAUACUACUAUGUAUGCGAUCUUCGUGAAUGAUGUUGCAGUUGGAUUUAUCACCUAUUUGAGAAUUGAUACAGAUCAAGGUACAAUCGAAAUCGGACAUGUUAAUUUCGGUCCGCAGUUAGUGAGAACACGAGCAGCAACCGAAGUUGUUUUUCUGCUAUUAGAAUACGCAUUCGAUACACUUCGUUAUCGACGUGUUGAAUGGAAAACCAAUGCUUUGAACAGUAAGUCACGACGAGCUGCUAGACGAUUCGGUUUUCAAUAUGAAGGUACGUGGUUGAAAGCAGAAGUUGCUAAAGGUCGAUCAAGAGAUAAUUCCUGGUAUAGUAUUAUUGACGAUGAAUGGGCACUUGUCAAACAAGAAUUUCAACGAUGGUUGAAGGCAGAUAAUUUUGACCAAAAUGGUCAACAAUUAACGAAGUUAAAUGCAAAGCAAGCUAGUCCACGUCAAUGUAAGAUUACCGAUGCUGAUCAAGAGAAAUAUGAUUAA